AUGAAAAACCGAAGAGGAAAAAGACGACGGCUUAAACGUUUCGAUAGUUUCUGUCAAGCUGUGCAAUUCUAUUGCUCGAAUACAACCAUACACGGUUUGAAAUACGUCACUGCUACGGAAUUGAGUUACCUCGAGAGACUUCUAUGGCUAGUUACAGUAAUUUUAUCCUCGAUUUUUGCCAUCGGACUGAUCUACGUGAUAGCCAAAGAAUUUCAGAAUUAUCCAACGUCCAUAAGCAUAAAGUCAACGAAUUACAAAACUUCUGGGGUACCCUUUCCAAGCGUGGUCAUUUGUCCAAACCAACACGUAGAUUGGAAAAUGGCAAUGGAUCUUGAAAAGAAAAUCUUUCCUAAUUCUACGAUAGAAAGGAACAAAAACAGCAGAAACAGCAGCAGCAGCAUCAACAGUAGCAGUAACAGUAACAAUAACAGUAGUAAAAAUAACAGCACCAGCAUCAGUAAUAACAGCAGUAAUAGCAACAGUAACAGUAACAACAGCAGCAUCCUAACUUUUCGUAAACUAUUACGAAAACUAUCGAUCAUGAGUUUCGGUGACUUCGAUCUUUUGACGUUCCUGAAAGAUCGAGAUCUUACCGAACUAGCUGGUCUCUUCUCUACUUGUUGGUGGCGAAACUCCUACUAUGACUGUUGUGAGAUCUUCGAGGUUCAAAAGACGGAGUACGGCUUUUGUUACUCCUUCAACUCGGAGUUGUCGGAAGAACGGGUAGAUCAAACUAAAGGGAAGGAAUCGAAGAGAAGAGCACGAAGAACAUCUGGUUACGGUGAAUGGAGUGGCGUUAGAUUGACGAUGCAUCUCAAGAAUAUUAAUAAACCACCGGACUCUGAAGAAACAGACGGUGGGAGCGUGAUGAUACAAGGACCGAGAGUUUGGCCUAACAGUGGCACCAUGAUACCAGUCGGCGUUGCUCUCAGCAUCGCCUUAGACUGCAUCUCGGGAUAUGCAACACAACGAGUCCUCGAGCUCGACGACGACAGGAUGCCGUCAAGCACAGAUCGCGAUUGCAACGUAACUGAUCUCAUUUGUCUAGCGGAGAACAACGAUAUCUUUAAUUCGUAUUACGUGCUGCAAGACCAACAGAUAGCCGACGACAAGCCAGGAAUGAUAUGCGAUUGCCCACCUGAAUGCGAAUAUUAUUUCUACAAGCCAAGGUUCACUAUAGUACCGAUAUCGGGAAGCAAGAAUAUCACCAUGGACGUGCAUUUCGAGACGCAAACGAGCUUUCGAUAUAAGACAGAUAUUGUCUUAUCGAAAUUCGCCCUCCUUGUGUCCUUCGGCGGCAUUAUCGGUUUGUUUCUCGGAGGUUCUUUGUUAAGCGCGGUUGAGCUCGUUUACUAUCUUCUAGUUCUACUGUAUUGUUAUGUUUCUUCCUGGUACGAGUCGGCUAAGCGAAAAGUUAACGUCCAAAGAGGAGGAGGAGCAGGAGGAGGAGGUGGAGGUGGAGGAAUAGGAGGUGAAAGAGUAGAGAAGGAAGCUGUGGCAACGGUAAUUCCAAGAUUACCUAUUCUGGAUUACGGACCCUUGAAAUCACGAUCGAGGAAGAUUCCGAAUCUACUCGUCUACGAUUACGCGAAGCAGAAACCCGACAGAUAUUGAAGCAAUCAGGGCUACACUACCACGCUGG